UUCUUUCUUCCAUUUGCAAGCUUUUAUGCUUAUUUUCCUUCGUCAGAUGAAUCACGGCAACAAAAUCUAAUCUUGAUUUCUUCUUCAUUAAUAGCUAAAGAUUACAUUUUUUGGGUUUCACAUUCAAUUCGCCGCUUACCCUUUUACUUUAAAGAUUGCAUUGUUGUUUUCACCCUGAAGUACAUGAAUUUCACCUAGGUUAGUCCGAUCAGAUGCGGAUCAAUCGUAUAUUAUUAUUAUUAUUCCGUAUACAUUUUCUUUUAGGAGUAAUAUAUUGCUACUUGGAAUUUUAUCGUUUUUCAAUAUAUUGAUAAUACUCCAAGGAGCUUGUGAGAAGGGGUCAGAUUUGCUUACGCAUUUGUGACUUCUUGAUAUUCAUCAAGAAGAAAAAUAAAGAAACUAUAUAUUGCCUUUCGAUACAGACGGGUAUUUUUUCAUUUUUAUAGCUUGUGUCCCAAUGAAUUUGUGACUUAAAAAUGUUCCAUUUCUAAUCGCUAUUGGGCCAUCAAACUUGGUGUCAUUGCUGAAUUUCAAACAAGAUUUUCCUUUGUGGCUGUUCAAUGAAGUUUCACUACCUCGGACACAUUGUUCUUUAACAAGAUUUUAUUAUUUCUGUCAUUGAUGGGCUGCUUUCACUCAAAAAUCUCCCGAUACACCCCUGGUUACGAGAAGCCAACAGUGCUCGCUGCUGAAACAGCUUUUACGGUGAGUGAAGUUGAAGCAUUAUAUGAGCUGUUCAAGAAAAUAAGCAGCUCUAUAGUUGAUGAUGGGCUCAUUCACAAGGAAGAGUUUCAGCUGGCACUUUUCAGGAACCAAAACCGGAGAAAUCUGUUUGCAGACAGGAUCUUUGAUCUCUUUGAUUGUAAAUGCAACGGAGUAAUUGAGUUUGGAGAAUUUGUAAGAUCAUUGAGUGUGUUCCACCCAAAUGCACCAGAAGCCGAUAAAAUUGCAUUUGCAUUCAGAUUAUAUGAUCUAAGGCAGACUGGGUGUAUUGAGAGAGAAGAGCUAAAAGAGAUGGUUUUGGCGCUGCUACAUGAAUCAGACUUGGUUCUUUCUGAUGAUGUAGUUGAAAUGAUUGUAGAACAGACAUUUACUGAAGCAGAUAAAAAGGGUGACGGGAAGAUAGAUCAAGAAGAAUGGAAGGAGUUUGUCUCAAAGAAUCCCUCUCUUCUAAAGAAUAUGACCCUUCCAUACCUGAAGGACAUAACUUUAGCAUUUCCUAGCUUUGUGAUGAGCUCCGAGGUUGAUGAUUUGGAAGUCUAAGCUCAUACUUAGCAAAAAGCAUGCGCAGUUGAACUGGUGAUGCAACAGAAGUGCAAAAAAGGUCAAGAAUCUGACAAACAUCAGGUUUUGCAUCGACUUAUUUGGAAGUUCACCACACAAGAGUGAACUUAAGAGGCAGAUUUAUCAGUUUUCUGCCAUAGUCUCCAAUUGCUUGGCAAGAUGUACUACUUUUUAAAGUUUCUAGCUAGUCAGCUGGAGUUAGAAAGCAAGGUAGCAUUGUUCAUAUUAUAGUUCUUCAAAAUCCCGUUGGUCUAGGCUAAACUUUCGACAGGGAUUGUUCCAAUUUUUUCCCACUUCUCAUGUACUUAAAAGCUCUAUCAUGUAUAAUCUUUGAGAAACAGCAAUUUUUUGUGAUGAAGAUGCUAAAUUUUUUGUCGAGAUAAUAAACAUGUAAAAGUUGUGCCAUAUCUAGUAAUAUGUUCAUUUGCUGGAUUUUUGGGUUACUUGAUAAGCAAAGUUCGAUUUGCUUUGAUUCAAUGGACU